AUGACCCAAUCAAACAAUCGCCACGAUCUCGAGGAUCUUACAGAUGAUGAAGCUCUCUUUGAGGAACUUGAACGAGAAGAGGAUGCUGAUCUCUCAAUGCUACGCGAACGACGCAUCAAGGACAUUCAGGACGAACUCGAGCGGCGGCAGGCCAUGGAGGAAAAUAAGCAUGGAUUGUACACCGAGAUCACCAAUGAAAAAGAGUUCAUGGAUAUCACAACAUCAGAAAAGUAUGUCGUAGGUCACUUUUACCAUGAUGACUUUCGACGAUGCAAGAUUAUGGAUACGCAUUUGGAGAAACUUGCCAGAGAAUACUACAACACAAGAUUCAUCAAGAUCAAUGUCAUGAAUGCACCAUUCUUGGUCGAAAAGUUACAAGUUCGGGUGUUGCCAUGCGUCAUGGCUUGGUUGGAUGGUUUCGCUCAGAUAAAGGUCGUUGGCUUUGACGAAUUAGGAGGCACAGAUAGCUUUUCGACUGGCAUGCUCGAGCUCAAGCUAACGAAUGCAGGCGUCAUCCGCAAAAAGAACCAAGAUACCCAACAAACGAAACGUUCUAUAUUCCAAAACGAGGGCGGCGGUGACGAUGACGAUAGUGAUUUUGAUUAG